AUGGACAGGACCGUCAGCCUCCCGAACCAGCCCGACAAAACCACCACAGGUAACAGAAACUCUCUGUGGGACCUGCUCAGUACCUCAUGCUUAAAAAUAUCAGCUCUAAAUAUACCUGCCAAACUUAUUGUAGUAAAAUGACUUGAUGGCUUAAUAUGUGUACUCCAGGAAGGGUGUUAUGUUUACAAGUACAAUUAUGACCUGUAUCAUUACGCUUUAUACACUUUGCGCCCCUUCUAAGCUCUUAAGCAGUAGAUAAAGUCACAGUAGGUGUUAAAUAUUACAUGAAUCCCUGCCUGCUGCUGAUGUUACAUACAGCAGUGAUGUAACUCACGUGUUUUCUGCAGUGACUCUAGUUGAGAGCAGCGGCGCCCCGAGUGGGCUGGAACUGGUCAGCUCCUACCAGACCCACAGAGUAGGAGACCCCAUGGAUCUGGUUUCCUUGGCAGCUCAAGUUCAGAGGGUAUGGACUGGACUUUUCCCCAAGGGUUACUUACAUCUGUCAAGUUAUUUCAUAGAACACUCUUGAUUGAUGGAUGUAACUGUCAUGUUUAUUUUUUCAGGGAGAUGAUUUCAUUAAAGCCAAUGCUGGCAACAAACUGACAGUUAUUGCUGAUCAGAUCAGAUACCUUCAGGAGCAGGCAAGAAAGGUAAGCACAAGAUGAGUCUAACAAACACACAGUGCGGUUACCCAGUUUUCUGACACUCACAGAGCACCGCACUUAUCAUCCCACUGAGCAUUUUUUGGUCUAAAAGAGGUCUAAAUGUAGUCUAGACGACUGGUCUAAAAUCAGGCUACCACAGGCCUAAAAAUGAAAACUUUUGAGACGUCUAAAUUUAGACCAAGUCUAAAUCUGGGCAAUAUCUAUACUACACUGUAUUUUGCUCAAUGGCAAUCAUAAUUGACUGUGGGGACUGUGACUGUGGGGGCUUUAAGCAGCUCCUUCAGCAGCAGACUGAGACUCCCAUCUUGUAAGACGGAGCGCUACCGCAGGUCAUUCCUCCCUUCUGCAAUAAGACUUUACAACGAAGUGUAAUAAAACUGGACUCACACCUUAAUCUAUUUAAUAUUCAACAUUCAUGUACAGUUAUUUAACCAUGACCAUCCUGAUACCUCAUCAUCUGUUGUUCAUCUCCUUAUUCAUUCAUUCAUUCAUCCAGUACUUUAAUUGUGUAUAAUUUAUAUAGUUUUCUUUUCUUUUUCCUUUUCUAAAUCUUUUUCUUAAUUGUAACAUUUAAGUUCUUAAUAUUACCAUCUUUAUUUUUAGAACUGCAUUUUUGCACUUUGUCUGUGUUGCUGCUGUGGCAAAAAAAUUCCCCCAUGGGGGAUCAAUAAAGAAAUAUUCUAUUCUAUUCUAUUCUAAUUAUUUUGGUUAAGUACUUUUAUUUGUAAUAAAUAGUUAUCGAAUAACGGGUUAAUGUGCAAUGUCUAAAUUCCAUCUAAGAAUAUACAGAAUCUAGACGGUUGAAAUUAGGUCUUAAAAAAAAUUAGACGUCUAAUGGCUGUCUAUUGCUCAGUGGGAUCAAACUGCUAAAAAUGAAGAUUUAUUGUCUGUGCGUUGGGGGUGGAAAUUCAAGCAAAAUCUCAUUAAACAAAAUCUAAAAUAGAUCUGACUUCUACCAUGGGAUAGAUAGGCUGGUGAUGCAAAGAGAAGUUGGGCAUCAUUAAAUGAACUUUGGAACACCAGCCUGUCUGAAAAAGAGAGCAGGAGAAACUAAAGAGCAGUUGUUAGAGAAAAAGAAGAGAUUCUUCACGUCAAGUUAACUUUUUUUUCCUCCUUUUUAGGUUUUAGAAGAUGCUAAAAGAGACACAGACCUCCACCAUGCUGCCUGUAACAUCGUGAAAAAGCCUGGCAACAUGUAUUACCUCUACGAACGGCCAUCUGGACAGAAAUACUUUUCUAUCAUCUCCCCCAAGGUCAGCAGAUACUUCAAUGAUCGCACAUACGCAAUGUUAUGUCACAGUGUUUACAUCAGGAGUUACAUGUACUGUACCUGUUACUUCACUUCCUAUGCACAGGUGUGAACAUGUGAAUGCACAAACAAACACCUGUGAGGUCCUGCUUGUUAUGUUGAGAUAAGGUGUUCAAAGUCCACUUGGCCUUGCAGAGAGGUCACAGACCGAAUAGAAGCAGUUUAGGUUGGAUUGGACUAGUUUCAGUUUCUCUAGUUUUGUUGUUGCAGACAUGGUCAGAGGAUUUAUGGAAAAAGGCUCGAGCAAUAAUUAAGACAGAAAGCUGAAUACACUUUAUUGAUUUGACCAAGGACUGAUCAUCUCAGAGGCCUGUUUUUAACUGAGCUUUUGUUUUUAUGUGUUUUUAUUUUCAAUGUGCUGAUGCUCUGUGCUUACAACUGUUGUCUAAGCACUUUGUAAACUUCUGUUUUUAAAGGUGCUAUAUAAAUAAAAUUAUUAUUAUUAUUAUUAUCUCACUGUUCUUUUCUUGUUCUGUCUUCUGAAGGAAUGGGGUCAAAGUUGUCCCCACACAUUUGUCGGUGCAUUCAAACUCCAACACGACAUGUCCUGGACUCCCAUAGCGGAGGUGGAGAAGAGGGACUCAGAAAUCGCCAUCAUGGAUAAGCUUAUCAGCCAGCAGACAGCUUUACCCUCGUUCACAGGACCAAACUUUAAGGGCCUCUCCGAUUAA